CAGAGUUUAUAUUCUAACGGACUCGCGUCGAAUCUACGUCGGUCGCGGAGUGGAUUAUUCGUCACUGGAAAACCCAUUAUUGACGAGAAAUUCCGCUGUCAAAAUUGAACGUUGACGCAGUUAGAAUAUCGCUUACACUUGUGAAGUACGCAAUAAUAUUUAUCGCUAUUUAAAAUCAAGCCUUAAAUCAUGAAUCUGUUCAGUGUGGCACUACUCUUCGUCUGCCUCGUCCUUAAAGGAGUGUCAUCGUUGCCCAAUUUCAUGACCCAAGAUGACCUCAGUGACGGUCAGCAUGAAAUCCGGAUUCACCUAAACGGCAUCAACGCCAAACAAACCUCCGUGGGACACGACCAAGGGAGUGAAAGCGGUCUAGUCCUUCGACAAGUAAGCCACCAUCGACACAUGGUCACCCUCAUAUACGUGGGCGAAGUGCAAGAGGGCCUGGGUGUGGACGGCUUAUCGCUGAGGGACUGCGAAGUGACUUCGGACGCCACGGAACUGGAUAAGUUCCUGGAAACGUUCAGAAAAGAUAUUGAAACCGCGCAGGCAAUAGCUGAAGGUUCGAGUAACGGAGUCUUCCACAACACAAGUUACGUUCCAGUUACAAGCGAGGACGAGAUUCCAGAGUAUCUCAGACCGGUUCUACACUUUCGACAGCUAAGAGCUGUGUGCAAAGCUCACCACCGCAAUGUGCGCAGAUCUGUGAAGCUUUCCAGGCGCCAGGAAGACUCUUCACGCGAGCUGGAACCUCCAACACUAUCCAGCAGGUCACGGCGAUCCGUUCUGGACAACCUUAGAUUCCCUGCAACCAAGUGGUGCGGCGUCGGGUACUCUGCCACUGUGUAUGGGGACCUCGGCGGUUCUUCUGGGGCUGACAAAUGUUGCCGUCAGCACGACAUGCAUUGCCCCUACUACAUAAAGUCCUUCGAGAAGAAAUACGGCAUCAUGAACUGGAGUAUUGGCACCAUCAACCACUGCGCUUGUGAUGAAAGAUUCCGCGCUUGCCUGAAGAUGUCGAAGACGGGAGCCGCUGACAUGGUAGGCAACGUGUUCUUCGACGUCGUCAAGACCCGCUGCUUCGUCUUCAAGAAGGAGAAGGUCUGCAAGAAGACCUCCUGGUGGGGCAAAUGCGAAAAGUAUCGCAUCCAGGGCGUGGCUGUCCUUCGCGACCCCAUCCCCUUCAGUUCCUGAGCUCUAGGGCUGCAGGAGACCAAGAAAUUGAACGAAGGAAUGGCAACGACCACCACCACCACCACCACUGCGCAUCUCCAGCCCAUCGAGAGAGGAUCUUUUCUGUCGAGCAUCUUCGCAGGCUUUUUCGGAGGUGGAGGCAACAAGAUGAAGAAGAAGAAGAAUCACGUCUUUGAACCUACACCAAAGAAUCCCCGAAUAUUCUGAGACGUGCCCCGCCCCGCCGCCCUUUUUCAGUUUCGAGGGGAACCCACGACCAGAUUCGGCGGUUGGCAAAAGCGGCAUCACUUCGGAUCCAUCUAGCGAGGGCCAAACGACAGGCGGAACCAACCAACCAACUAACCAAAGAAGUAAUUAACUCAAUCUCGCACUCUCUUAUUAAGCAAUAAUAAUGUUUAUAAGGAGCUUUCAUGUUAAGGUUUACAUGUAAAAUUGUCUAUGAUUAUCCGGACAUUUUUUUUUCUGAGCAAUUCAAAUGAUCCGGAUACUCGCUGUGCCAUAACGGAUCACACAUACACAAGCUCAUGUUUUCACACUUCCCGAACGGUACCUGAACAGUAUAAAUAUUAGUUCACUCAAAGCACAGUUAUGUUUGUUCAUGGUGUGACAUGCGUUAUACAUUAGUAGAGAGGUUCCCGUGCACCUACUGGGAACUCAUUGGUCAAAUGUCCCAGUCAAGAAAUCUUCCUGCUUAUAAACUUAAGAAAUCUGAAAAAAUCUCACUUAUUUCAGAAAGCUUUCAUUCUUAUAUUUGUUAACCAUUAUGAAAUCUUGAACUUCCCGUCUACAAAGUUAAAUAAGAUAACUCGUUAUUUUCUUCUGUCUAUCGAGUAGAGAAAUCUCGAAGUCUGAAUCAGCCAAAUCAGAAACCCUGAUUGGACGACCCUUCAGAAGUCUACAUACAAGUAUCGUCUCCCACAGUCAUCGCUUUCUCCACUCCCUUCAUGCUUACUACUUCCAACAUCCCUGUUUUUUUAUUUCUGAAAUAUCCUCUUCACUGGUUACUCACAUAGGUGCUAUUAGAUUAUGUGUCGAAGUAUUUAUUUGUUACUUUUUUAAUGAAUGUUACAAAUGCAAGGCUGCAUACUUGCUCGUAUAAGAAUGAAAUGAAACAGUCUCUUUCAAAGUCCCUUGCCUUGUCUAUUCUGGAAAGAAAUGAAUCGAUCCGCGGUCACUGCAGAGGAACUGGCAUUGACCUUCGUUACUAUUUACCUCUAACCAGUCCAGAAAGAGCAACGGACAGUUCUCUGGUAAUGAGUAUUGUUUAUAUAUAUUGCUUUAUUAAUCGAAAGUAAUUUUAAUACUUGACAUUCCAAAACGUUCAAGUGUUUUACUAAUUUUUUUGCUCGAAUGAUAUAUAUAUUUUUUUUUACUUUAAAGGCCAAUCACCGUCCGAACCAAGCUAUUAAAUCUUAUUGGUGUUAUCAUUCCCUGCACCACUUUUAUUUUCUUUCACGCCAUUCUUAUUCUUGCAUUCCGAUGGCAGUUACUUACUUGAACAUACGUUUGUAUGCAGCGUUCACCUGCUACAGGAUGUGGUUGCAUGAAAAUAAUGGUAAUGCAAGGUGAAGUUAUAACAGUCUGGAAUGUGAAGUUAAUUUGCAAAAAAGGAAGUUCUUUCGGAGCGUAAGUUAUAAAAUAGGACAUCGUGUGAAUUUAUUUCCUUGUAGAAAAAGGGACAUCGUGUCCUCUCUCAUAGUGUACAGAGGAAGACACAGCUGUAAGGACUGCAGAAAUUUUCAGCUGAAUAAAUCACUGUUAACUUCUCCCUGGCAGCCUGUGAAAGCCAUUUAAAGUAAUUUUUCGUAUUCGAGGCUAGGAGAAAAUGAAAAAGGACAAGGUUAAUUGUAUGAAUCAACACUCUAAGCUACAUGCGUAAUAACCCCCUUCCAUUAAUCUUUGAGAGAGGAAGUCAUAGCAGGUGAUAGAGAUGAGACAUUCACAACCAAAGGUUAUACAUCUUGUUUUUUUUCUUCGUAUACACCGCGUAUGUAUGACGGAACGCAACCGUUUCAUCCAUUCAUCGUCUCCCGUCAUUAUCAGUAUCAUCCCAAAUCUGUGAAAUACAUCCAGCUAUGCCGUAUCAUAAUCAACAUGAUCAUCAUCACCACCAUCAUUAUCAUUCGAUUCACUUAACGAAGAGAGAAAGGCAUUUAUUAUAAUAUGUCACUUUUCCGUUUGUUACAUGAACCACGUUUCGUCUCUGAUUACAAUAGUCCGUUGUUUGUUAGACCUGUCCAAAAUUGAUUAACAUUAAGCCAAAAGCACUUUAGUGAUGUUAUUUGUAAAAAAAAUAAAUAAAUAAAAAUAAAAAAAAUUAAGAGCAUUGCGCCAAAAGUUCUACCGUUUAUGUCUUAAACUUCCCUGACAGUUGCAUUCGAUUGUGACGAGCAUUUAGUUUUAAAAAGUCCCUCGGCGUCCGCUGUUAAAAGAACGCGCUGGUCAUUCUCUCUCUCUGUCUUUCGGAGGGAGGGACAUGGCUAUGCCCAGGGUCUACGAGUAGAGAGGCAUGACGUCAAAAUAAUGCCUCGGGUACGAGACGAAUACAUCGAUCAACUCGCUAACUGUUGAAUACAGAAUGGUAACCUCGUGGUCGAAAUGCAACUGUGUGUUUUUGACAACGAAACUAAAAUCGUAGUAUUCCGAAGUAUGUGUGUGUGUGUAUGUAUAUACGCCAUGUAAAAUGUGUAUACAUCAUACAUAUUGCAAGGGUGUGUAUGUGUAGGCAGAUUACACAUUUGAAUGAUGGAUGUCUUUAUAGAGCCUCUUCAAGUCAUAAGAUUAAGAUGUUUAUUACUAUUAUUAUUAUAUAUAUCCUGUUGCCGCGUGGUUGUAAAUAUUGUGUAACGCCACGCGGUUUUGUAAAUAGUAAAUACACCCCACCCCCUUUUAUUAUGUGGUUGUACAUAAAAACAGAACGACAUUUAUUUUUAUCUUCAGGCAAAAGUAUUUAGGCCGAACCUAUUUUUUACUUUGUAAUGUUAGCGUGCGGACAUCUUAUUUAUUUGGAAUGAAUAAAGUAUGCGAACUUCGACGAAUGAUUUUCAAGAAUGGCUGCUCUCCGUGCUAAGUAUCGCGCCUGCGCUGAAAUGAUGACGUCAUUUGGUUCACUGCCAUUAGUCCAGGAUCUUUUUUAUUUUACGUGUUCAGUACAUUCCUUUUUUUCUUUCUUUUUGUAAUAAAUACGCUGCUACAAGAUCUCACACAACGAGAGCCGUGGACUGAAAGACCCGAGAGGAUGGUGAACCGACUGAAAGUCCUUUUCAAAGUCCAAGAGAAGUCAGACCGGGUCGAUUCCUAGCACGGCUAGAUUAAAACAUAUUGCCAUAUUUAUGAAUGAGAGUCAUCACCCAGUGCGUUGUAGUGUUUAUUGUGUGGGUUAUUAUACGGAUGGUAUUUUUUAAGAUCUUCAGAGCUACUAUUUAUUGCCGUUAUAAUAUAUAUAUGUAUAGAAAGAAUGUUAUUUCUACACAGCGGUAAUGUAAGACAUUCCAGAAUUUAUUUCUGCGUUGGUAUGCUUUUAUUCUAUGAGGACAUACAUGUACUAGAUAGGAUCGGACUUGUAAUUUAUGGAAACAUUAAAGCAAAAUAAGAUU